GGUGCACGCGGUGAGAUCAGGAGACUCCAGUGUGAAAGUUACAUUUUCACGCUCGUUUUUCCCCCAGCUCGUUUCCAGUAUUUGUAGCCCAGUCCAAUACACUGCUUUAAUUCAGCACAGCAGACCGCCCAGACUCCUCCAGCCGCCCCCUGUGCUCUGUGUUGUUGUGUUGCAGGAUGCUGAGCCCGAAGCUGCUGACCCUGGUGCUGGUGGUGCAGCCGGGCAGAGUGCUGCUGGGGAUGAAGAAGAGGGGCUUCGGGGCGGGCAAGUGGAACGGGUUUGGAGGCAAAGUGCAACCGGGAGAGAGCAUUGAAGAGGCUGCAAGGAGAGAGCUGCUAGAGGAGAGUGGUUUGACAGUAGAUGCUUUGGAGAAAAUUGGAAAUAUCAAGUUUGAAUUUGUGGGAGAAACACAGUUGCUGGACGUGCACGUUUUCAGAGCUGACACCUACAAUGGAGAACCAACCGAAUCAGAGGAGAUGAGGCCCCAGUGGUUUCAAACGGACCAAAUCCCCUUCAGUCAGAUGUGGGCCGACGACAUCCUGUGGUUCCCUUUGAUGCUGCAGAAGAAGAAGUUUGUGGGAUACUUUAAAUUUCAGGGCCAUGAUGUGAUCUUGAGCCAAACACUGGAGGAGGUCAAAGAGCUCAAAUGAACUGAGACAAAAGACUUUGAGGAAACAUAGGUUUAUGUUCACGGUUCUAUUUGAUACUGUUUCUGUAACCACGGUUUAGUACAUUCUAUAUUAUUCAUUCUCUCCUCAAUCAAACUACUGUAAUCACAGCUGCCCUGGGACAGACCAGCUGAAGCAUGGCAGGCAUUUUGUGUUAUGGCUGAAUACAUAAUCAUCAAAAUAAUACAUGGGAUAAGAUUGGCUGAUUGACUUUCAGAGGGAUUAAAACUAGUGACCCUCUGGUUUGUGGGUGGACACUUAUUGCACUACUGUGGCCUCAGAGGUGUGUAUGUAAAAGUGUUAAAGUUCUCUGUAAGAAAAAAACACGGUUCAGUGAUUUUAAUGAUUUAUUAAAAACUGGGAAAGCGCAUUUGGCAAGAGGUUUAAAUACAUAGUAUUUACAUUAUGUACAUGGAAAUGUUUUAUAAAUUCUUUC